ACAGCUGAAGAAUUUUACAGCUGCUUCAUCAAACACUUGAAGCUCAAAAGUUGUCUUUUUUAUGUCCAAUAUUUUCAGUUCCCAUGUCAGCCAAACCUUUGAUUCUGUUGCUCAAUUCUUAGAUCAUUCAUAUCAAACUAAGAAUGUCAUAGCCAUUAAGAAGCUCCAUGCUCGUCUGCUGAGGACAGGCUUACUCUUUUUCUCACUUAACAUCCACUGUAGGCUCAUUUUCGCCUGCACCACAUGCAUCAACAAAAACAACCUCCAAACCUUAACCAAUUGCUGCAAAUUCCUAAACCCUAUAAACCCAUUACCCUUCAAUCUACUAUUAUCUAAUUUCUGUCGAAAUGGGUUCCCUUUAUUAGCACUAAAAACCUGCUCUCUCAUGCAUAUAACCAGUGUUUCUUUAGAUACUUAUGCUUUGUGUAGUUCCUUAAAAGCUUCCUCUUCUAUGGAAGAUGUGAACUUUGGUAAACAGAUACAUGCCCAUGUGACGAAAUCAGGUUGGUUAUCCAGUGUGUUUGUGGGUAGUGCUUUGAUCGAUCUAUAUGCAAAGUCGUCGUUUGUUGGUCAUGCGGCAAUGGUGUUUGAUGAAAUUCCAGUGAAGAACACAGUUUGUGCAAAUGCUCUUUUAUCAGGUUAUGUUGAGGGUAAACUGUGGGAUCAGGGAAUUAAAUUGCUAAGGAAUAUGCCCUGUUUGAGUUUGGAUUAUGACCAUUUCACAUUAGCGGCAAUGCUACGGACAUGCGCGGGGCUUUCUGCUAUUGAACUAGGCAGACAAGUGCACGCCUAUUUAACACGUAAAAUUAAUGAUUUGGGAAAUGAUGUUUUCUUGCAGAGUUCAUUGAUUGAAAUGUAUGGCAAGUGUGGUUUUGUAGAGAAGGCUUUGCAGGUCUUCAACUUGGAGGGAUAUAAGUUGGGUGGAAAGGUCAAUAGGGAUAUUGUUUUGUGGACUUCAAUGCUAGGUGCAUAUGGUAGAAAUGGGCAUUGCGCUUGCUUCCCCUAUUGGUAUCAGAGCCAAGUUGAACCCAAUCCAGUUUACCUCUUAGUGAAACCUAAGUCGCGUAUCCUGUAG